GCAACGCGUGGAAUCUAUCCACUCCGGAUCUCCAGUAACUCUGAUCAUGGUGUAUAUAUAUAUAUAUGCACAUCCUCUUCAGUUCUCUUAGUUCUUUGUUCCACCAUUGGCUUCCUGCAUUUUUUGGAUCUCGAUCUUAAACCGGAUUCGAUAUACUGCUAAACAUGGGAGGUGGCAAGGACAAGCAUGAUAAGCAUGAUGAGCAUGACAAAGGGCUUUUUUCACACCAUGGUCAUGGUGGUCAUGGAUAUCCCCAACAAGGAUAUCCCCCACAAGGAUAUCCCCAACAAGGAUAUCCCCCACAAGGGUACCCACCUCAAGGCUACCCACCUCAAGGCUACCCACCUGCAGGUUAUCCUCCGGGACCGUCUGCUCCGCAUCACGGAGGGCACGGUGGUAUGGGAGCACUGAUAGCUGGUGGUGCUGCUGCAGCAGCAGCAGCUGUUGCUGGUUCCCACCACACUGGCCAUCAUGGUGCAGGUGGAGGACACUUUGGUGUUGGUGGGUACGGUCACGGCGGUCAACCCCAUGGAAAGUUUAAGCAGCAUGGCAAGUUCAAGCAUGGGAAGCAAGGCAAAUUUGGCAAGCAUGGGAAGCAUGGCAAGUCUGGAGGGAAAUUCAAGAAGUGGAAGUGAUUCAGGUGUACAAAAUAUUAACAAACUCUGGAACUACUGUGUUUCAGAUACUAUGAAUAAAUACAUCUUUGGUCUCCGAUUGAUGCUCGGAUUGGCAUUAUUGACUAUGACACAAUGAUGACACUUAUAUAUGAGCUUUGUGCUCUUCUUAUGUUUAACAUUGUGGAGGCUUUUGUUUAACUUUCUCCUCUGGUUACUCUUGCCAUUAGAGGGUUCCUUGUACACUAUUCUAUUCCUUAUUUUCUUUUUAUGUUAUGAUAACAGGAAAUCCUUACUAUCCUUGCUA